UUGUCUUCCUCAGGCACUGAAAUGGAACGUUUGUGUGUGAUUCUUUUGCUUGCAUGUAAAACUUUUAUAGUGGAUGCGCAAUUCAAUGGGUUCAACUGUGAUGCCAACUUCCACAGCCGCUUUCCCGCUGAGCGGGACAUCAGCGUGUAUUGUGGAGUGCAAACCAUAACAAUGAAGAUUAAUUUUUGCCCGGUGCUUUUUUCUGGCUACACCGACACUGACCUGGCGCUGAACGGGCGUCACGGCGAUGCCCACUGCCGAGGGUUCAUCAACAACAACACGUUCCCAACGGUCGUGCUGUUCAGCAUCAGUCUCAGCACGCUGGAGGCUUGCGGAAACUCACUUGUGGUCUCCACGGCUCAGGGGCCCAACGCCUAUGGGAAUCUCUCCUUGGUCCAGAUUGGGAAUAUAGCAGGAUACAUUGACACUCCGGAUCCCCCGACGGUCAUCAGCUACCUACCAGGACUUCUUUACAAGUUCAGUUGUAGUUACCCUCUGGAAUACCUGGUCAACAACACACAGCUUGCUUCGUAAUCAGCUGCAGCGAUAUCAGUGAAGGACAGCAAUGGCACAUUUGUGAGCACGCUAAAUUUACUUCUAUACAACGAUUCCACAUACGUCCAUCAUCUUGCCAUCCCAGUGUCUGGACUUACUCUGAAGACGCGAGUGUUUGCUGCAGUAAAAGCCACCAACCUAGAUAGGAGGUGGAAUGUUCUGAUGGACUACUGUUACACAACUCCCUCUGGGAAUCCUAAUGAUGAGCUCCGAUACGACCUUUUCUUUGGAUGUGAUAAGGACCCGCAGACAACAGUGUUUGAGAAUGGGAAGAGCCAGAUGGGCCGCUUCUCUUUCGAGGUGUUCCGCUUUGUCAAGCACAAGAACCAGAAAAUGUCCACCGUCUUUCUGCACUGCGUGACCAAGCUGUGUCGCUCUGAUGACUGUCCCCUGCUCUUGCCUAUCUGUGGUAAGAGGAAGAAAAGGAAUGUGUCGGAAAGAACUGCCGUGGCUUCUGACAAUGCAGUCAUGACUGCGGGGCCCAUCAUCACCCGAAGUGAUGAAACUCCCAGCAAUAAUUCCCAACUAGCACAGUUAAACAGCCCUCCAUUCAAAAUGAAUUCAGCGACGAGUGCCUUGAUUUCUGCCAUCGCGAUCCUCGCCGUUAUGAGCAUGUGUUUCUUCAUCCUGUCUAUGUCACUGCUGAGAGGGAAAUAUAUGCCACCAACACCUCUAUCAGGAACUCACAACCCAGCGUUCAGCUAAACACACACACACGGCUGUUCGGUCAGCUAAACAAUACAACAAUACCUGUGUACGGAGCUCUUCGGGUUACACACAGUCAUACAGUACAGGGAAAUAAUAUCAGAAUAUCACUCUACACAGCCUUUAGCUAAAUACAGCUGCCUAUUUUUGGUCACAAAGCAUCAAUACAGAUACUCUCAUCACUGUAAAUUUGCAUAACACACAAUCCUAAACAAUAAGAGGCUGAACUCUGAUUGGAAAUGAUUCUCUCUCUCUCUCUCUCUCUCACACACACACACACACACACACACACACACACACACACACACACACACACACACACACAAACAAACACACAAUAAUCAGGAAUAACGCCAUUAAAAGAUGCACUCAGUAAUUUUUUUCAUCAUUAAAAUGUUUUACAGAUAAAAAAAAUUAAUUUUGACAAAAUCAUGUACACUCACAUGAGAUUCUUAGUCAUACUGGUAGACCAAACAAAUCUGGUGGCUGCCAUGUUGAGAUCACAUGACCAGCUGAAUAAUAUCUGUGUAAUGUUGCUUGUUAUUGGAUGAUUUUGCUAAUGAAAUAAGUUAGUCAUGGCUGAUAAUGCAUUUGUAACUGAAACUAAAAACAUUUGAUUUUGCAUAAAUCCGCAUCCACAUCACUAGGUGUCUGUAUAAGUCCAAGAAGACUCGCCCAACAUAAACAAAAAUUUUCAAGUGCACUUUUAGGCCCAGACAUGCUCUAUGCAUGUACAUGAAGGCAGACGCUUCUAGCUACGAUAGAUUGUGCAACGCAAAUGUUUUUUCUCAUCAUUGCUGCAAGUGGAGCUAUAUCUAAAACUAUCUGCUUUUAUGCUCAGAUUUCUUUUUUAGGUCAAUUGCUGUCAUGGCGGAGCGACAGUUUAACCACAGUAUUGGUAAGCAAGCUAGUUAAAGUCAAUGUUGAUAGCAACUUAGCUGAACACAUCUGGUUUACCGGCCAAGUUCUCAUGUCUGCCUUCAUGUACUUGUGUAAAGUAUAUUUCUGGCUUUAAAUGGAUAGUUUUAAUUUUUAACGUCGUUCCUAACUAAUUUUCUUUCUUCUGUGGAACUAAGAAGAUAUAUUCAAAAUGUUUCUAAUGUUUUUUAUCCUUAUAAUGAAAGUCAGUGGGGUUCA